AUGCAGGAGCACAUUCGACGUGCGCAUCCGAACCACUACAUCCCGAAGCUCCCGGCUACCGAGGAGAGCUUCCUGAUGAUGGUGAACACCCCGCUCGAGCAACGGGUGCAGCUGUCCCCCCCCGAACCCGCUCAACCCAGGCGACCCCACGAUGUGGCACCGGAAAGAGACAUCUAUGUCGCUGAUGGCUCCCCGGCUACCCCUCGAGCUCUGGAUGAACCCCACCCAGCUGCGGCCACUGCGGCGGUUGCUCUGGCACAACUGCAUCACCAUCGACUGGCCUCGGAUUGGGAUACAGACAUGGAUACCCAUUCGGAUACCGACUUGAGUCAUCCCCGCAUGCGCGGAGCUAUUGAACUUCCCCCACUCCGUGAUCAUUUCAAGCAGGAAUCUCUUCCACCGUUUACGCCUCGUCCGCGCGAGCUUCUUCCAUCCAUUCUUAAUCACUCCCCGCCCGGUCGCUCAUCCACAUUACCACCAAUCCAGCGGAGAGACAAGUUUUGCCGCCCGCGCAAAUCAUCCAUCACUCAAUCUGCUCGCAAACCUAAGCAGGAUCGUCCCAAGUCAAAGGAAUUCGGGCGGCGACCAAGCCUCGGUGACCGCAAAGCCCUUUCAGCAGAGCCGCAAACUGCAGCCUGGGCGCAAGGCAAGCGCUGGGAGGAUUUGAUAGAAGCCGCGACGUCAGCGACCGAAGUAGAUGAUGAGCCCUACUCAGAUGUGAGUUUAACUGCAAUUCUGUCCUUUCUUUUUUUCCCCGGUGCUGAUGCGCCAAAUUCAGGCUGGUCGGUCUCCAACGAUUGCCCCACUACUUUCCAACGUGACGUCUGCUCUCUCGGGUGUGAAAAAUCGGUUAUCGCUACCACCCGCGUUCCAAUCUGCAGGAUUACCUCCUAUAUCUUCACAUCGGCCAUUUCCACCGCAUUCAUACGCCGCCUCGCCUCUGCACAAAUCAUUGACCCCGCCACCAUACGAGAACCACCGUAG